UAGGCGUAUUAUCAUUUACAAUCUGAAAUCUGUUAACUACCUGCAAAACUAUACUUUAAGGAAAAUAUCAAUUAAAACGCUGAUUAAGUCAUUGUAUGAUUGAAGUCUGUAAAAAAGUUCAGUUUUAUCUCAAACUGGGUAAUAAAUAAUAAAGUCAAAAGACAUCCAGUGUUCACUAAAAGAGAUAAAAACUGUAAGUGCAACCAAUGGAGAAACGAAUUGACGACUUACCAGGACCUGAUGAAGUACACAAUAAAUGUGCUUGCAAUCAUAACAAUACUAAAUUGCAGAAAGACAUUUUAGCGCUGACGUCACAAUACAGUAAGUUAGAGAGUAAGUUCAGCGAGGAAAAACAAGCUCGGUUACAGUUAAAGGAAAGACUUGACGCCCUUGAAGCUCUAGUGCGAAGAACAGGAGACAAUUCUGGUCUUGGUAGUAACAAUAAACAAGGUUUUGUUGAAGAUCCCGAUAAAAGAGAUUCCGUGUCAAACGCAGGAAUAAAGAGUAACACCGAAAGGGAGACACAAGACUCCGCUAUCUCAAUGGGUGACGUUUUUCGGGAGAUAGAUAAUACUAAAUAUACCAAGGACUCCGCAAGUAAUAAUGAUAAAGCACGCACAAACUCAAAAAGGAAAGUAAACUUUCUAAAUGACGAAGUAGAUAUUGUCAAACAAGAUGUGAAAAGAGUUUACGACGGAGAUAGACAUUGGAGAUAUAUGGCAAAAUCAGAACAACGACGAAAUCAUGAGUUGUACAAGAACCUCGAAGAUAUUCAUGUAGUCAUUUGUAUUGACAUAUCAGAAAGUAUGGCGGAGUGUAACGGUUGGGUAAAAGCACACACAUUCUUGACCAAUUAUCUCACAGGUUUGGAGAACAUGUCCAAUUUUCAUGACUUUACCCCGGAACAUAUUUCAGUAGUAAUAUUUGGACACGAAACGAAAGUUCUCGUGGAAUAUACAGAUCGUUACGAGGAAAUUAGAAAGAAAAUAGAUGAAUUAAAGUUGGGAGGACCUUCACAGAUGUUUGGCGGAGUCUUAUUUGCUGACGCCAUGGCAUUUUGUACCAGGUCUCACGUCGUUCAAUGUCCAAACCAAGCUAUCAUACUUACUAAGAUAAUAGUUAUCACAGACGGUAGAGCCACUGAAGCAGACUUAAUUUCUGGACCCGAUGUACACGAUUCUAGCAAAAUUGACGAGACGAAGGCAAAGAUUUUACAAGAGAUGGAAGGUUUUAGAAGGUCACAGAGAGACGUGUUCUUUGUUCCCGUUGGAAAUUUAGAUCUGGAUUUCAUAAAUACAAUGGCAGCUUGUUGUGACGGCAUGCUUCUGGAUCAUACGUAUGGGACACGGUUCUCAAGAAGACAGUUUUUGACAAAGCAGCUGGCCGAUCCAUCUGGCAUGAUGACGGACGAGUUUACACAUGGUUCAGACCACAAGCUUUCUAAGGAAGACAUGGAGGAUAUGAGGAGUAUACAGGAAAGAUUCAAACGUCACAUAGAAGAACGUGCUGAAAUUGUUGACGGCAGAAACAUGUACGAGGAGAAAACUAGCACUACAUUACCGGAAAUCGGUUGCCGCGUUCGACGUGGUCCCGAUUGGCAAUACAAUAACCAAGAUGGCAAUGGUCCUGGGACAGUGAUAGGCCACGACGAUGAUGAUUACCAUGUAUGGUGUGAAUGGGAUAAUAAUGGGUAUAAAAAUAUAUACAAUUACGGUCCAAGGGCGUACAGCGUACUUGUUGUUGACGAGCCGAGGAUCCUAAAACCAGGGGAAGUAAUCGCUGUUGGAUGUCAAGUUGUUCCAGGUAAAGAUUGGAAAAAUUCUGAGGGCAAUGUAGAUAAUGGUGUUGUUAUCAAAUUAGACAAACGAGCAAACUCUGUGUUGGUUCGAUGGAAUGAUGGUAGAAGAGGAAAUUAUUCUUACGGGGCUGAUGGGAAACAGGAAGUUCGUCUGAAAACAAAUGCUCUAAGGAGAAGUGACAACGAACAAAGACCUCCGAGGAAACUUCCCUCGUCCGAGGAAUGGGAGAUGCCUCGAGCUAUGACCAUCGAGGAGUUUGAAACCAAACAAAACAAGAACAAAAAUAAAAAUAAGAACAAGAACAAAAACAUUUAAAUGUGACAAUCGCUGUUGAAUAACGAAACAUAACCACAUUUUUAGGUUGGAACAUAAUUUUGAUUUGUUAUUUUAACAUUUACGUUCGUGCGCUGUAACACCGCACUUUAGGGUUCAACGCACUUUGGGGUCCGACCCCAGAGUGCGUUACGUACUUUGGGGUCCGACCCCAGAGUGCGUUACGCACUUUGGGGUUCAAUUUUGACCCCAAAGUGCGUUAAACAGGUACAUGUGCAUUUUUUAACAUCAGACAAACGACCGCACUUUGGGGUCAUAAAAAAUGAAGUUUCAUUAUGAUUUAAAUAAUAUAUUGUAGUCAUAACCAAUAGUAAACAAAAAUCAAGGUAUUAAAUAGACCCAAACAUGUGCCCUGAAUUAUAUUAGAAUCAGUAGGGAUUUAAAUGAUCUUGAUCAGUAAGUGAAGAGCUUCCAUCAAAUAAAGAAUUUGUAUUAAUUUAUAAACUCAACAUAUAUUUUUUCUCCAAUUUUCCAUUUAUUUUUAAGGAAUGUACACUUUUCAUUAACUCCAUUGUUUUUAGCUAAUUGCACCAUUUUCCCGUUUUUUUUUAAUUACACAUUUUAUAGAAAUAUGAUUUUAGAUUUAUAUGGUUUUAGCAUAGACAAAGGUAUAAAUUCUGGGAAAUCUUAAAAAGACAUCUCAGUAAAAAAUGUGCCUGAUAAUAUGUUGAAAGGGCCAUUUAUUUAGCUUGUCUAAAUGUGACAUAUAAGAAACUUCACUAGGUGUAGAUGCGGCCUUAAGUAGUAGUCCGUACAGGCAGUACUCAAAAAUAUCAUAAACUAUUUAAGUAGCCACACAUUAAGAGCGUAACUUCAUAAUAAUGUAAAGUUCUCACUGGAGGGUCUAGAAGGGAUGGUGGGGUGUCGACCCCCCCCCCCCCCCCCCUUCCCUCAAGAUUACAAAAAUAACGUUUUAAAGGCCCAUUGUGCUUUUAUUUGUUUUUCUUAAAAGCUUUUUUUUCAGGUACAAAGCAUUACAUUUUUAUUAUACCAUUAUUUUAACAUGAUAUAAUUCAUGUUUGCCCUUUCUAAAGAAGUAUGUUAGAUUUCCCAUUAAAAAAACCUCUGGCGAACGGUUGUUACAGAUCGAGCUUACAAAAAAAUAUAAGUUUGUUGUUAAGCUUAAUAAUGUAUUUGUAAAAUCACUAUUUAUAGUCCGAUCGAUAAACUUGAUAUUUCAUCAGAACAUUGUAAUAGAGUUUAUUUAUAGUUCUUUGGAAAUAAUAUUAACUGCAUUUUAUUUCAUCCACAUCUUAUUUAAAAUGACUCAAUAUGGCACCAAAAGUUAUGAAGGAAAUGACUGACAGAACGGGAAGUAUUUCGCAGCAUCUUUUAAUUUUAGGAAUACAUCCAAAAUUUAUGUACUAGAGUACUUUGUUACAUGAACACACAUUUUAGAUAUUUCAAGUGGUAAAAUUAAUGAAACUUUUAUCACUAUGAAGUAUCAAACAAAGUAUCGACCGCCGUCUUGAACUCCACCUAAAAUAUUUCAUUGUCGCAGAUCGAAAAUAAGUCAGUACUCAGUAUUGAAGCAGAACUCAGAUGACACCUUCAGACCUCCGGAACCCAAAGUGCGUUGAUAUGUAGCAUAUUAACGCACUUUUGGGUUAUUUUCUCAAUUUUGACCCCAAAGUGCGUUGGACCCCAAAAGUGCGAUGCGAAGUGUAACGAAACUAUUGCCAUGAAAUUAUUUACAUCCCCAAGUAGUCUUUAAGACAUUUUCUAAAAUAAUUGACAAUACAUAGACAAUAUUUUUGGGCAGUAACAACUGGUUUUAAUUCAAUUGACAUAGGUGUCAUAUUUAUAUAUUUCCCGAUGAAAAAAGAAAACAACAACAAUAAAAAGUAUUUCAAAGAAACAAAGUCAUCUAUUGAAGUUAUACAGAUAAAACACCAAUACCAACACAAUCGAUUUUUUUUUGCAAUGAUUUGUUUUGUCUUUCGAUGUCCUAAUAAAAUUUUCUGACGACUCAGGUUGUUUUUAAAAUCACUUUUACAGUCAGGAGUCAUAUUUUAUGGUGAACUUUAGCUUGAAUUAUCUUUACUUCGCGUUUAUGUUUGUGGCUUUUUUUUAAUGAACAUUUUCGCUUGUUCUUAAAUUCGUGGUGUCCUUUAAUGCAGAAGUAAAAACGCAAAAAAAGUAAUGUAAAUAAUCGUUAGUAGAUGGAAUAAAAUGCUGUUGGAUCUUAAGUUCGUUGAUUGACCUAUCCACCCCCUUAAAAAAGCAAA